AUGGAUAUCAUUCCUCCUUCUUACGAAUCAGCAACAGACAGAGAUGCUUGGACAAUUAUUGCUCGCUAUAUCCCUUCCAGCGACCUAUGCGCUGCAUCUUUAGUCUGCCACAGAUGGCAUGGUCUAUUUAUGCCCUUCCUCUGGGGUAAUCCUGCAUCUCACUUUGGUACAGAUAAUGAUGCAGUCUAUGUGGCUCUCACGCGAUUCCGAAGAACACUCAAAUAUGCCCGACAAGAGGUGCGAGCGUUAACCCAUACCCUUCAUCUUCCACCCGCUCUCUCGGAGAUAUAUGGUGGUCCGCGACCGGGCUGGUUGAGGGACAUUCUCGAAUGUCUGCCAUGUCUUCAGUGUCUGAUGGUCUCGAAGUUACCAUUCUUUGACCACCAUGCCAUGACAGCAUUGAAACCCCAUGAAAUGUCCAACCAGUACAAUAUAAGGCUCUUGUUGGCUGAACGUGAGCCGAAUGCCACUUCCACAAGUCUCGCAAAUACUCUCCUCUUGUUUCCAGCAUUGACCUACCUGGAUCUUUCGUACACCACCCCAGCACGAGACCGCAAUGUACUGUCUACGCUAGCUCAGAUGCCGUUUCUCCGGAUACUCAAAUUGCGUGGUAUUGGGCUGAAAGAUGAUGACGCCGAAUUUCUAGCCAAUACGAUUGGACAACGAGUCCGUUGUUUGGAUUUGAGAGACAACAUGCUCACUGACAUGGCAAUUCGAUUCCUGCUACAGUCAUCCUUUCUCCCGCCAGACGGAAGAGAAAUGCAAGAGAGUCCAAGGCAGGCCACGGCUUCUCCAGAUCCCUUCUCGCACUUUGCAAUCAAUGAGUCUGGCUCGGAUUUCUUCAAGCGGCCGGACUUGGAUGACCAGUUUGCGAAGCUUCUCGCUCAGCCUGUUUUAUUUCAUCCAUGGGUUGAAGACUUGCCGCAUACGGGAAUCACACAUCUUUAUAUUACUGGCAAUCAAAUAUCUCUGGAAGCUGUGGCGAAUCUUUUAUUCUCGUCCCGACUAUAUGCUCUCGAUUUCGGGACCAUAAAACCACCGGAUAAGGCACAUCACACGCAUCAUUAUCGGAAGGAGAAAUAUUCGGGAGCCGAAAAGCUAGUCCCAAUUUUGGGCCAAUCACAAACUAAAGACGCUUCAUCCAAUGAUAAGUUUCUUCCAGAGCUUUCAGCACAAGAUAGCCCCCGCGAAGUCGAACAAUUUGAGCUGGAUACCUCCCAGCAGGUUUAUGAGUUGCCCGAAGAGACAAGACCUGUCUUUGAACUUGCAGAUACAUCAACGACCGACUCAAUUAGCUCAUCUUCCAUGACAGAAAGGUUGAAAGCAUCCCAGACAUUGAAAUCCUAUGAGGACGAGCCUGGCCCGUCGGUUAGGCGUGGAUCAGCUUUUGCUCCGGAGGUCGUACAGCCAAUCCCUAUACACAGUAGCGCCAACGAAGGUACGGUCUUCAGUGCUAGGACAGAUACAUGGGAUACAGACCAGGCCGAGGGAAGCACCUUGCCAUCCAUUUCAAUGGCUUCAGACUGCGACAAGCUUGCGGCAGACUUCUCUCUCCAGGCAACCAUGCAAUGCAGCUCCCCAAUCUCGCCGAACGAUUCUCUCGCACGAACAGUACAGGAAUUGUUGGCAAAGCGACCACGUAACCAAUCAAUCCCACUUCAAGGAGGAAGAGAAAGCUGGUUCCCUUACCUACACCCAUCACAUAUUCCUCACAUGGAAUCUUUGGUGCUGACAGAUGUACCAUCACAUGUGACGCCUAACUCUUCAAUACUUUCUGCGCUCACUCGGUUCAUUACUGCCUGCUCAAACGAAGCAUUACUAGCAACUCUACAAGCAGGAUCAGACUACUCCCUCCCACCAGGGCAAGCACGCAUGCAAGCCGAGCAGCGGCGCUCGCGAUCUCUCUUUGGCUUGCGGCGUCUAGUUCUUGAAAUUAAACCUGUUGAUACCUCCAAGCUGACAUCAUGGAAACCCGGGAACCAAUAUAAUGCCACAGGGCAUUCAAGCACUGGUGACCGCGACUCGGAGAAUCUUUGGUCUGCAGCCGCCGAUGAUUUCAGCUUCUUCGGUGAAGAAGAGUGUGGAGUCCCCGAAAAUGACCCUGGCAAAUACUUUCCCAUGGCUGUGCUUAACGAAAAGGUCUCGCUUAUGCCGUCGGAGAGUGCCUCGUUGUAUUCACCCGAUUCUUCUUCGUUGCAAUCACCUGAUUCUUCUCGACUCGGGCGUCACCAUCCACAAAGUGCUGAGACCCCUGGUCCAACAGGAGCUACUAGAGAUAGAAAGCAACAGUGCCAGGUCCCGAUGAUUGACCUUGUAGCAGAGCUUGCGACCUUUCGUCGCCGCAAAAAGGCUGAGUAUGAGCAGGUGAUUCGACGUGAGAGAGGGCGGCGAAACACGGUUGGCACGGGUGCUUCCGGCAUGAGUAGCCUACUCAUGCCAUCAUCACCCCAUAUUGCUCUCUCCCAUUAUGUCGAAGGCCAUUGGAAGGGAGAGGUGAAGGUCGUGCGGGGCCCAAUGCCGAAGGUGCGGACCGGAACGGUAGAUAUGUAUGGAAACUAUUUUGAGAAAGGGUACCUGUACCCAUAA